GUUUUUGCUCCCUAUUGGUUCUUCUGCAUCGGAAAUUUUCGACGACGAACGAAAGACUGGGAAACAAAAUGGAGUUGACAGGCUUGAUAUGUGAAAUGUCUCUUUGUCGAUUGUGCGGUGAGGAAAAUGUGAACGGAACUGAAUUGUUUCCUACAAGAGAAAACGAACCAGAUUUAAGUCAACUCGUUAACAGAUACUUACCAUUAAAGAUCGAGAAUGACCGAAAGUUUCCAACUAAAAUUUGCCCAGGUUGUAACAUCCAAUUGGAAGCGACGAAAUCGUUCAUGGACUUGAUAGUCCAAGGCCAAAUAAAACUGAGACAAUUGUAUAAAUUGCAACAAGACAAAUUGUAUCGACAAGAAAAGCAGAGACUACAACUUGAGGAAGCUUUGAAGAGUGUUAAUCCCAGUUCAAGCGUGGAUACUUACACCAUACAGUCUGAUGAGACUGGAGAGAAAUUUUUAAUACAAAUUUUUUCACAAGGACCCUUAUUUCCUCCUGAACAUGAAUUGUCAUUAAAGGCUGAGGGUCUUACUAGACCUAGAAGGAAACGUGGUAGACCGCCAAAACCUCCACAACCGCCCAAUACAGAAGACCAACUUUUAAAAGCAAAUGAAAAAGAUAAUACUAAAGUUGAUGAGAAAAUAGACCAAUUUGAAGAAACUACAGAAGACGGUAAAAGAAAACGAAGAAUUAAAGUCCCAACGAGAUACUCUGAGGCAAUUCAAGGGAAAGAAUUAGAUAAAGUUUUUAAACAGGAAGGCGUAAUAGAUGAAGAAUCUGUAUCAGAUGAAGAUGGUACAAUUUUAGAAGAAGGGGAAAACUCAAAUAAAGUUGAAGAAGUAAUUGGACGUCUUGAGACCGAAAACGGUGAAGAUUUGGGCCAACCAGUUAUCAUAAAUAAAACUUUGAAUAAAACGCGCCCUAGAAAUAAAAGUAUAGCGGGACAAUCAAAAAGACGACGAAAAUACCAGUGUGAUAUUUGUGGUCGCGAAUUUUUACACCAUGGGAGAUACGAAUUACACAAAAAAAUGCACGACGUGGAAUACAACUGCACUCAAGAUGGCUGUAGUUUUACAACGGAUAAAAAGUCGCUUUUGGAGCAACACCAGCAGGAAAGUGUCCACUCUGGUCACACAGUGUCGGAAAAAGUUGAUAAAUAUAUAUUUCAGGGGACUAUCCAGCUGCCUACAGACCUCAAGCCCAGCCAAGCGUCAAAGCUCGAGCAGCCUCCUCCCCCCGCCCCCAAAAAGGAGUUCACUUGCGAAAACUGCCACAAGUCCUUUUCCUGCAAACAGAAUUACGAGGUCCACUUCAAGGCCGUCCAUGCCGGUGAGCGCCCCUUCGCUUGCGAACUAUGCAACAAGCGCUUUUCGUACGCCAACAGCCUCAAAGUCCACCUUCUGCAACACUUCCCUAAAACAGGUCCCGACGACGACUCCAGUGCCCAGUACAAGUGCCCCUCGUGUCCCAAGAGCUUUCGGCAUCCCAGCAGUCUGCAGUACCACCGCGACUCGGAGCAUACCAACGGCCGACGCUUCGUCUGCAACAAAUGCGACAAGCCGUUCAAGCACCGCCAGCUGCUCCAACGCCACCAACUUGUGCAUUCCGACGAGAGGCCUCAUCGGUGCUCUCAGUGCAACUCCGCGUUCAAAACGCGGGCUAACCUCAUUCACCACACCAGGACGGUGCAUUCCGGGCAACGCAGCCAUUGGUGCUCGCAGUGCGAUAAGGCCUUCGCACAUAAAACCGCCCUCAAGCUGCAUCAGAGGUGGCAUUCGGGGGUGAGGCCCUACCAGUGCGAGUUUUGCAAGAAGUCGUUCUCGCAGAAGGGGAAUUUGGCGGAACAUAGGAGGAUACAUACGGGGGAAAAACCCUACCAGUGUGAUCACUGUGGAAGGGCUUUCACGACUUCGUCGCAGUUUAGACUUCACAAGAAACGACAUUUGGAUGAAAGGCCCCACAGGUGCGAGUAUUGUCAAAAAAGUUUUCUACAUAAGGUCACUUUGAGGUGUCAUAUGAGACGGCAUUUUGACGAGAGGCCAUUCAAGUGUCAACAGUGUCCCAAGACGUUCCCUGAAGCUUGGGCUUUGAAAAAACAUGAGAGGUUACACACGGGGGAAAAGCCCUAUAAGUGUGACUUGUGUUCUAAAGCCUUCGCGGAUAGUUCGAAUUUGGCCAAGCAUCGACGAACUCACAGGAAUUUGAAAGACAAACAAAUGCUUUUUGUCACGUAUGAAAAAGACGGUGGUGAUGCUAUUGUUACGUAUAUAGAACCACAAGAUACAGUGGUCGAAACAAACGAAAUAAUUAACGUCGCUGAAGAAAUAGACGGUGUCAAAACGAUACAAUUGCAACAACUUGUCGAUCAGGAAGGUAACCCUAUUAGUUUUAUUACCCAAGAUGGGCAACAAGUUAAGGUUGUUACAAGUAACGAGGAUGGGCAAGAAAACAUCCAAGGGUUACUCCCUGAUGGCACGUUGGUACCAAUUAGUUUGACAACGGUACCGGAGAAAAAUAAACCAAUACUGACUCAAAUCGAGGAUACUCAGAAAACUAUUGACGUCCCAAUUGAAGGUCAGUUAUUAUCAAGCAGCAUACAAUUCCUCUCUGAUGACGAUCCAAAAGUGGACAAUAACAUUCAAUUCGUAGCUGAAGAUAAUCAAAAUAUGUGUUUAGUAACAACGUACAACAUUGAAGAUUCUAUAAAUCCGCAAUAUCUUAGUAUGCCCUAAGGAGCAAGUUUAUGUGUGCAUUUUAUACAUUGGGAGCCUGUAUAAUUUAUUUUCAAGAUGUAUAUUUAUUACACAAGCAUUUUAAUAGAAAAAUAUAAUAAAAAAACCGCCGAUUUAAUAAUAAACAUAACAA